AUGAACGAUCAUAGUCCUCCACAGGCGCCCGAAACGCCCAACCCCUCCGGUUCUUUCACUUCCAUCAAAACUCCGCAGUCCUUCCACUCUCCUAACACCGCCGGCAAGAGACGAUCACCAAAGCAAACAAGGUCAUGGGUCCAACGAUUUACGGAUGACCGCGAAAUCUCCGUCAUGAGAUUUGAGCGGGCGCAGAAUCACAUACAUCAUAGUGUCUGGAACCCCGCUGACGGCGAAGGCCCCGAGCCAGGUAAGAAGCUGACUUCAUGGAAUCCGCCAAAUUGGAAGACCGUCUACACGCUCUGGGACCCGAUCAAAGAGAACCACUGGCCACCUAAGAAUGUCCUACUAUCCGACUGCUGGGUUUACCUGGCCGUCAAAUUACUGUCUGCGGAGGAGCGAGCAACCCGGUAUCAAGGGGACUUUGACCUACAUGGUGACAUCCGAGCUGCUCGCGUGCCGUGUGGUAACCCGCCCGUGGUCAACGCGCAUGGAAUAUACUGCCUACCCGUCUUUAAGGAAUUCUAUGUGCUGUGCGGCCGGGAUCUGGCUGCGUACGGGAACUGGAUACUCGGGAGGAGGAAGAGGAAGGAACGUACCGUGCCUUUCACACUGGGGCUGGUGUGUGUGCCGAGGGAGGCCAUCCCGGCAGAUGGGCCCAAUAUUGAGCGCCACCUCUUCUUCCACGACAAGCCGAACCAGUGGGAUAUGGAGCGGCCCGCCACCGCGGAUUGGAAAGCUGCAGAAGCUCAUGGGGGGACGUAUGACCGGUCGUUCCUUGGAAAUAGCGAUGAACGCACGAUGCUCUACAGCGUGUACCCUGCCGCGCAGCCGAACUAUCAAAUACUGCCGGUUUCGGAGCUCAACGGGUUCACUGUCCCUUGUAACUCCCAAUAUGAGCCCUCCGAUCAACUUCCGCCGAGGCCUGCAACGGGUGAGGAGACGUUUACCGAUUUUUUUGGAACUGGGAACAUCAUGCGCGGUCCAUCCAGCCAGCAAGUCCUGAGCGAGAAAAACAGCAUGAUUGAUUUCCACCUGGACCAGAUCGUGCAUUUCCUGAAAAGCGAACCCCAAUCACCGAGUAUGCCUGCUUCGCACGGAGCUUCGCAGCCCUUCGAUAUCGUGAAAGAGGAGCAGCUCCAAGAGGAAGACCCCGAGCUGAAGAAAGAGGAAGGCGUGCCUUAUGCUUCUAUCCCUGACGUCAUGAAUCUGGCCCAGGCAGCCCCCACUGUGGAUGGCAUUCGUCAUAUCGUAGGGAGGUAUUCUCGUUAUCUUCAAGAGAACACUGACCUGACGCUCGAGGAUAUCGUGAUGCACAUAAGGAAUCUUUAUGCCUAUGUGAAGCGCUGCCGAGACAUGCAGGAUAUGGAGGAAACGGAGAUGAAUGGGGAAUGA